AUGCAACCGACAGGUGAAGGCUUCAAAAUAAGUAAUAGUGGUAUUGAAACUCUGGCUUACACCGACGACAUCGUUAUUCUUGCGGACUCACCAGAGGAUGUGAGACGACUCUUUAACGCAGCUGAGAAGGGCGCUCAGUCGGUUGGUCUCGUAUUUAAUCCCACCAAAUGCCCGACACUGCACAUAAAAAUUGAUUGUGAGAGCGCAGUACAAAACGCUUUUAACAUUCAGGGAGAACCUAUGAAAUCAAUAGGCCCGAACGAUUACUAUGAAGUCUCGGAAUACCCACGGGCCUUGACAUUAGGCAGACUCAUACGAGCGCAAUAA